AUUGUUAAGUGCGACACCUACCGGAAGAAGUAUUAAUGGCCGCUAAAACUUCGUCUACAACUUAGAAAACAGAAACAAGUCGUCAGAAAUGGCAGACGACGAAAGAAUACAGAAAUUGAAAGCCGGUAAACAAAAGUUGGCAGAGUUCCAGAAAAAAAGAAAGAAGAAGAAAACUGUGUCACCACGAGAUGACAAGGAAGAUGUUGCCAUGGGAACCGGCCAGAGUGAGGCUUCACUGUCCAGUUCAGGAGAUGUGUCCUUGUCAGAUAGUGACCAAGGGAAUACAGAGGGCAGAUCUGAUGACACACGGACACUACUGAAGACCCAGACAUCUCUGUACGCAGCGUACGACAGAAUCGAGGAGCUGGAGGAGAGUCUGACAGGAAAACAGCUGGCGCUGGAUAAAGUCAUCUCAGAGAACGACCAACUACAGAAAAAGAUCCAGGAGUCAAAGUUGACCGAACUUGAGGCGGCCGUUAGGAAGAGGGAGGAGCUAAUUGUCCAGCUGUCAUCUGCUCUACAGACCGUGACCAAUCAAACGCCAAGUGACACCAUAGCAACAGAAAUGGCUCAGGAAGUUCAGCUUCUCAAGAAUCAACUCCAAAAUGCCAGUAAACUUCUCGAGGCCCAGUCAGAAAAAUACAACUCCACAACUCAGACACUGCUAGAGGCAAAGGCAGAAAUAGCAGUCCUUCAGAAAAACCUCAGGGAGAGGGACAAAGGUCACCAGAUCAUAGGGUCACCAGGAACCAAUCAGGAUGCUCUCCAACAAGGUCAUGACCCAAGAUCCUCAGCAGCAGCGAAUCAAGAGGAGCUAUCAAAACUACAGCAGGAACUCCAAGAAGCCAAAACACAGAUUGUCACAUUACAGGAACAGAUUAGGGAAACAGGAACAGGAAGUGAGGAAAUGAAUACACAGAAUCAGGGUCAGCUGGAGGCUUUACAGGAAGUUGUUAGAAGUAAGGACAAUCAGAUUGCCGAGUUACAGUCCACUGUGUCCCAAAGUGAAAGUGAGUGUGAAAAACUUAAAAACCAUGUUAGAAAUCUGGAGUCCAGUCUAUCAGAAUUGAAUGAUCUCAAACAGAAAAAUGAGAGGUUAAAAUGUGACAUUAAAAUUGUGGAAGAACAGAACUCAGUAGUUGUACAACAGCUAAGGAAUGAGAAUAUGGAAUUAAAAGACAGUGUUAAUAGCUUGAAUGAAAAGAAUGCCAAAGAAACUGAGUGUUUGAAAACUGAAAUUAGUGAACUGAAAUUGAAGAUAAGUGAUCUGGAAGAAAAUGUGAAAGUGACAGAAGAAGUGAAAGUGAAAGAAGCAGAGGAAUUGAAAGUGAAGGUAAAGGAAUUGGAGAAACAAUUGAAAUUAACGAAAGAAACAGCAGCAAAUGACAGUGGAGAAUUGGAUCUACUGAAGGCAGAUUAUGAACUUUUGACAGACACACUUAAACUGAAAAAUGAAAGAAUCAUGGAGUUAGAACAAGCAUUGACAGAGAGCAAGCAUGAAAUUGAGAUGGAGCUUCUACGUGGUGACAACGAGCGGCUUUCUGAAGAAGUCAUACAGCUAGAGGAAAAGUUGGAAAGCUCCGAAAAAAAUAUUGCAGAGAAAGGGAGAAGACUGGAAUCAUUUUGUGUCGAGAGAGAUAUGUUGGUGGCAAGUCUUGAGGAAAAAGAUGAGAAGCUUUCAUUGCAGGAGUCCAGUAUUGUAGAACUUCAGCAAGAAAAAGAACAGCAGGCCCUGGAGUUGGACCAAUUAAAUGAGGAUCUGGAGAAUGCUUUAUUGAAAUGUAAACGUACUGAAGAUUUAGAACUUCAAUUAGAAGCACUUGUGUCUCAGCUGAAUUCGAUUCAACAGGAAUGUCAGUGUUACCGCAUUCAGAAUGAUGAACUUAAAAAUAGAAUCAACGUCCAACAGGACUUAUAUCUUAGUCAGCAGUACCAGAUUGAAGUUGCUGGGAGUGAAAAAGAAAAGCUACUGCAGGAAAAUCUCAGACUGGGGAGUGAAAAAGAAGAGCUGACAUCAGAGAUACAGAGGCUCAAAGAGGAAGUGGAAAAUUAUGCUAAAAAAGAUCUGGAUGAAUUAGAAUUUGAGAAGACAGAGAACCAGGAGUCCAAGGAGAAAUCUUUGUCAAAAGUGCAUGACUUAGAAACCACAAUCCAGCAUUUGAAAGAGGAGAAUUCAGCUUUCAGUGUUAAAGUUCAAUCUUUAGAGGAUCAAAUUCUUGGACUUCAGAAAGAUCUGCAAAAUUCCCAGGAUGAGAAAUGGGCUGAAAUUGACCAGCUCCACGACUCGUAUAAACAAGAACUGCUAGACAAAGACGAUGUGAUAAAUACAUUGCAGACAGAAAUCAAAGGUUAUAAAGAGACACUUAAAAGUAAGUCCCCUGAUGUUAGAAAACCUGAAGACUGGGAAACUUCAGAAAAUGAUGGUGAUGACUCCAUAACAGAAUUCAUGCUAGAGUCUGUGGUGGAAGAUCUGUUGUGUCAAAGUGAGGCUACAAUUGAAAAGGAGGCUGGACAAGAGAAAGAGGCUACAACUCAGAAAGAGGUUGGAAUGAGUAGUGAAAAUGUGUGUGAGGAGAUGGAGUUUGUUCAGGAGGAGUUCGUUCCAGUGAGUCAUGUGAAUUUAUCUAGCAUGGAAAAAUCAGAUAAAUUAAGACAAAAUAAAUUUGAUGAUGUCAAAAGUGAAGAUGGUACAAAUUCAUUAGAACAUAGUGCAUUCCUUAUUUCUCAAUAUGAAGAAGAAAUUUCCAAACUCAGUGAAAGCCUUGCAGCACAUAAGCAGUUAGAAGAUGUGAAGGAAAAGACACUUCAGUCUGUUUUAUCUGAACUAGAAUCAAUGAAAGAGGAAAAAUAUCAAGACGAAAGUGCAAUUAGAUCUGUGUUAAACUUAGACCCAGAUAUUUCAUUGGAUUCAGAAAAUUUCCUGAAGAUACUGAGGACGUUAGAAAACCAAAAAUGUCACCUCCUCGAAAAACUAGAAAAAGCAGAGGCAGAAAAGGAAAGACUUCUGAAAAGGAUUCAAAAUGCUGAAACAGAUGACAUUUCUUGUGACAGUCUUAAUUUGGAGGAUUCUAUAGAUGAAGACAAUGUGGAAUCCAACAUGGAAUCUGAGCCUGGAGAAACGGAAGAAAUGAUGGUGGAGGAUGACGUGGAAGAUGGAGUUGAUGGAGUACAAAACACUGAGAUGUUACAACCAAUCCAAAUUUUCAAGGAGAUGACACCUGCAGAGGACACUGUGCAAGAACAGGACAUACUGAGGACUGCAGUUAGUGAUACUGACCUUACCCCAGAUAGAGGACCCAGCCAUGCAGAGAGAGUGAGUUCCAUAGCUGACAGUACACACUCAGAAGCAGGUGACAUUAAGUUGGAGGGCCUGAGAUCUGAGUAUGAAUCUCAACUCGACUCACUUCGUGAAGAACUGGCUAGACAGACUCAGGGUGAGAUGACAGAGAAAAGCAUCCGAGAUAUCUACCAACAGGAGAUGGUGUCCUUUAAGGAGGGUCUUGAUCAGGAGCACCAACAACAGCUGGAGAGGAUCUUACAGGGGGUGGGGGAAAUGAUCAGCCGGAAACUAACAGACCAACACACAAAGUACCAGGAAGAGUUUAACCUGCAGUUACAGGCCAUGAGGCUGACCUUGGAACAGAUUUAUCAAGGUCAGAUGGAGGUCAUGACCUCAGAACAAGAACAGCGCCAUCUAGUGGCUCUUCAGGAACUACGUGAUUCACUGAACAAGGAACACUCAGAGGAGAUGAGUCGAGUCGAGGCAGAAUGGACGAGUCGGAUGUCUGAACUCGAGCGCGAGCAUGAGGAUGAACUCAAUGAUUCACUAAUGGAGGACUCCCUAAGUUCUGAGAUGGCCAAGUCCAACCUGCUUCACAAACUCAACAAAAAACUGAGUGAAGAACACAAGCAGUUACUGAAGAAAAUCUCGGAAGGUUUGGACAGACAUGAUCCGAGACUCCGAUCUCCACGGAAAUCUCGUCAUACUCAGGGCCAGCAGACAGACUCGGAGGACGGCGAGACAGACAGCAUCCGAUCACUUCCUGUCACAGGGCUAGAAUUCUCACAUCUCGAUGAACGUGAGAAAGUUCUGCAUAAUGCACAAGAUGUACAGGAGACUUUGGAGACGCAGCGUGAAGAGAUUGCAGCACUCCGCUCUCGUAUGUUAGAGGAGUACGAACAACUUCUCAAAGUCAGAGCAGAAGUCAUGGCAACCCAGACACAGGAAGUGGAAAAGCUCCAGAGAGAGAUGGAUCAACUUCACCAGAGUUACGCAGAGCAGAUCAAAGUGUUCCAGACUAAAGUGGAAGAACAGUCAGAAGAGGCCAUGCAGACCAGACUUAAGGAAGAACAUGAAAGAGAAAUCCAAGAUUUAAAAGAUCAUUAUGAAUCUCAAAUAAAAGAACUACGCAGUCAGCUAGAAGCCACAACACAGGAAGUGACAUCAUUGAAACAGGAAGUGACAUCACCAAGUGAUGAACAGAAUGAAGAAAGCAGUGACCAGAGUGAAGCAAAUGAAACAAAAGCAACAGACAUUGACAGCAGGAUUCAAGAAUUAGAAAAACUGCUAGAGGAAAAAUCAAAUGAAAUUGAUGAACUUCAGGAGAAAUUAGAAUUAGAGUCUCAACUAAAUAUAGAACUCAGGGAGAAGAUGACCUUGACAGAAAGCAAGGUCACAGAGAUGGAGCAAAUGAUGCGUGAAAAACAGUGCCAUAUUGAAGAAAUGAAUAACAGAUUGAAGGAAAAAGAGGCCAUAUUGAAGAUUCUGGAGAGAGAGAAGGAUGAAGUGGAGGAGAAAUGUAGGAAAGACAUUGCAGAAUGUGAAGAGACGAGCGAGAGGACAACAGGGGAGAUAAGUGACAAACUACUGAAGCUUCAACAGGAACUGGACGCUUCCUUAGAGCAGGAGAGAGACAUGGAGCAUGAACAUCGAGCAGAGAUCAUGGACGUGCAGUCAGAGUUCAAAGUUCAACUAGAGAUUGAACUGAAGCGACAGGCGGCAGACAUGACGUACGACUUUGGAGAAAAAAUAAAAAAGAUGGAGGAGGACCAGAAGAAAGAGUUGGGAGAGUUAGAGAGGAAAAUAGCAGAGCUGGAAAUGAAACAGCAGAAAGACACACAAGAAGAGACAAAUGUGGCAGUGAAUCUCCCAGAAUCCUCCUCUGAAAAUUACCCAGAAUCCUCUGCCAUCACUUUGGAUGAUGAUCCCGAUUCCCUCAGUAAAUCUACGGAGACGGCCAGUACUGUAAUCGACGCCCAGAAGAAUGUCAAACCGGAGAAGAAGAUUUCUGAGGACUCGGGCGACAAGACGGACGACGAACUAGAGGAGAUGGAAUCAGAGGGACACGAAGAAGGGGGGAAACCCAGCAAAAUGGAGGCGGUUUCGAGACAAGACACUUUCAAGGAGAGUGAAGAUUUUGAAGAGGCCAGUGAAAGCAGCUCACCUGAGACGAGCGAGUCUCAGUCCGCGGUGGCAGUGAGUCAACUCAUGGGUACGAUCAAUCUCGCCAAGCAGGAGACAUUCAUGAAACUCAAACAAGAGUAUGAGGCCAAAAUCACUAAACUCACGGAUGAUCUAGAGCAGGCCAUGGUCUUAAACGACGAACGUGAGAAGUGCAUCGAUGAUAUAACAGAGAAAUACGAGGCAAAAAUUAAUGAAAUGAGAGUUCACUAUGAGAUGAGAAUUAAAGAACUUGAGGAAUCUGAUGUCGACAUUGAAGAGCUCAAAGAGAAAGUGAAAGUAGAAUUUGUGAAAGAUUAUAAGGCGGAGUUAGCACAAGUGCAUACUGAAUAUGAAGAGAAAAUGAAUCUGUUACGACAAGAGAUGCAGGAAAGUAACGACUUGGAGAAACAGGAAAUAGAAAAAAGACAUAAAAAGGAACUGGAGGCCUCGGAAGAGAAAUAUGAUACACUUGUUGACCGGAUCCGUGGAGGUGAUGCUCCGGAGGUAGCUGAUCUAGUGAGGGACCGAAUCGACACAGAACUCGAGAUGGCAAAGUCACUCAUGGAGCAAGAGUUUGAGGAAACCAUUGAAUCAGAACAGGCAAGGUUUCAAGAAGAGAAGGAAAAAGAAAUAAACGAUUUACAUGCACAACAUGAAAAAGAAAUUAAAGAAACACGACAGACUCUGACAGAGGAAUUUCAGGCUAAGCUUGAGUCUAUAGAAAGUAAAUACAGCAAAGAGAUGGAGAAUCUGCAGAGACAAUUAGAGACUGGAAUGCACCAGACUCUGGCAACCGAAGACGAGAUCCAGAAAUACCAGGAUAAAAUUCACAAACUCGAGACCGAGUUAGAAAAAUUAGUGAAAGAAAGUGAAUCGAGUGACGAAAAAUCGUCCAAGCGUACGGUGGACGAGUCUGGCGUCAUGGUAUCUGCCUCCAGUGAAUUCGACACGGAUGGAGAAACAAAGGAUUCUGGGAAAGGGACUAAAAAUAAGGGUGUGGAUCAAACAGAUUCUAGUGAAGGAUUUCAAGUAAGUGAAAUUUAUGAAGAGACUAGUGAAACUGGAGGGGAGGAUCUCAGAGAUUCAGGGGGGUUAGUUGUAGAUCAAUCAGUGAAGGAUUAUGAAAGUGAAAGUGAUAGUGGGAAGGAGGAGUUGACUCGGCGAGACUCUAGUGCUGAUUUAGACAACUCGAUACAGAACCUUAAAGGUUCUCAUGCUGCUGCCAUAGCUGAGAUUGAAGAGGAGUACAACUCAAAGCUGGCCAGUCUGAAAGCAGAACUCUCUAGCACCAAAAGUUCACUGACUGGAGAGGUCACUGAAGGUCAAGGUCAAAGACCAGAGAAGGAUGACCUUGACUUAGCACAUACAGAGGAGCUGCAUGACCUUGAAAUCCGUCUGAUGGAGAAACACAGCCAGGACCUGUUUAACCUUGAGAACCAGUACAAAGAGAGAAUUCAGGAAAUCCAACAGCAUCACCAGGAAGAAGUAAAUAAUCUAAAGAAGGUUGUGGAGUAUUUUCAACAGACUGCAAACCCAGAGAAAUCCCAGGAGCUGAAAAACUUGUCUUCACCGGGACCCAAACGCAGCACCCCAGUCAGUGAAAUGGACGAGGAUGACGACAGUUCCCAUGGUAACGGUACAUGCCCCCAGGAGAGGUCUGUUGACCUGAUUCAGUUUGAGUCAAGUUAUGAUGACAGCAGCAGUGUACUGGAACCCCCGACAGAAAAACCUCCGGCCUUACCGCGGGAUGCUGGGAGUGAUGUGAUGACUGCUGAUGUCAUAGAAACAGUGCAAUCCACAAAAACAGAGGCUCCACCAGAGAAGGAGGUUUCCAGUGAAACAGGAAGUGGACGGAGUACACCGACAGACUUACUCCAGACCAUGUCCGGUGACCUUUUGACCCGGGGGCUACAGACUGUGAAUACUUUUGGAUCCUCCAAUGAAUUUUCGACCGGUGAACAGCACACGGAGACAACUUCCUUAGCAACAGAACUCAGGGACAAGGAGGUCAAAAUUAAAGAGUUGGAGAACGAGAUAGAAAGUUUACAGGCAAAGUUUGCGGAGAUUGUUGAGCGACGAGAACGCGAGAAUGAAGAGAGUCGUAAUCUGGAGGUCAUGUUACGGACCGACCUUGACCGACUUCAUGUAGAAAGAGAGACCGUCCAGUCAACAAAUGAUCACCUGCUUCAGCUGUUGUCUGACGCUGUAAAGACGUACCUCAAUGUGGAAGAUGCCAUCAACAGAAAACUGGCCAUUAUUGUCACGGGGGACCAGGGCUCACCCUCGGUACAGAGGAGGUCCCCACCCUCAAGGAAACAGAGGUCGCCCCCUGGGAGCCACCCAAGAUCACCGCCAGGCAGUCACCACCAUACCCCACCAGAACCAAGCUCACCAGGUGGUGCUGAAGGAGGGGAUGUCCCUCCCCAUGAGACAAGCUUACUUUCCAAUCUGACAGAUGAGGGACUGGACCUGUCCCAGAGAACCAUCACAGAAAGCAUCUUCCAGGGGCCUGACCUCGAUACAGAGGGGGAGGAAUUACUGACAGAUGCCAGUAACCGCCUGCAGAGCUCCGUCUCGAGACUCCUGGACAUGAUUGAGGACACGACCCAUCAACUGUAUGACACGAAACGGACCCAGCACGAACUGGUCACCACGGUGUCAUCUGAGCAACAGGAGUCGCUGUCCAUCUCCACGCGAUGCGAGGAACUGGAAGAAAGACUGAGGGAAGAAGUGGAGGCUAAAGAAUAUCUUGCCAUGGAGCUACACAAAGCAGAAGGUUUAAUAGAGGGCUACAGUACAGAGCGAGAUCAGCGCGAACAACAAGUCAGGGACCUAGAGGAGAAAACCGAGGCCUUGGUGCUAGAAUUAGAAACUACUAAAAAUAGACUCCUGGACCUCGAGGCCUCGCAUCACGAGGCGACGUCACUCCGCAGUGAAAUGCAGCGACAGCGAGAACUACUCAACGCCAAUGUGGGAGAUCAGGCUCAAGUUACCGUGGGAACAGUUGCAGCGCCAUCUAGUGACCAAGCCUUGAUGUUGGAACUGAACAAACUUAAUGACGAAAAGAGGAACCUUCAACUGCAGCUUAGAACGACGACGGAAAAAUACGACAAACGCGUGGCUGAUCUAGAGAAUGCGGGGGAGGAGACAGAGAGACAUUACGUACAGUUACUAGAGGAGAAAAAGUCCGAGGUCGAGGAUCUCCGAUUACAGCUCGACUCUGUGGAGAAACAGCUCAAGUCAAAUCGGCACUUCAUAGAGGAACAAGCCAACGAACGAGAACAGGAGCGAGAUGAAUUUCAGCGAGAGGUCGAUAAACUCAAAAAGGCAAUCUCGGAUCAGGAGCGAAAACAGGCCGCAGAAAACCGGCUCCAGAGAGAGGUGGAAAAUUUGACAGAGGAGUUACAGGACCGUAUUGACAGUCACAGUGAGAUCGUGAUGCAGACGGAGCGUUUACAGCGAGACUUGUCAGAUAAACAGAUGACGACGGAGGAAUUAACAGCCGUCGUACGGCAGUUGGAACAGGAACUGGAGGAGCGCGCAAAAACAGAGCAAGAAUAUAAACAGAAAAUUAGUCAGUUACAGCGAUUAUUGGAGCGACGUCGAUCUGUCGGAGAGAUGUCGGACAAACAGGAAGAGGAGGAGGAAGAGGAAGAUCAAGGUCACAGCGAGUCCGAGUCGACAGGCAGUGAGACUCGAGCCAUGAGACGUCGGAGAAAACUGCCGUCCCACAUCUCGCUGCAACAGGAAGAGGCACUUUACCAGGAAAAAGAACAGUUACAGAUUCAGCUCGAGGACCAACUCAAACAGAUCUCGGCCCUCCGCAAUCAGCUGGACGAGAUGAGACACAGGGGGGAUUACUCAGGAAGUUUCGGGGACGAGAGUCAAACGACAUCAUUACAGAGACAGGUGGACAAUCAAAGAGAGGUCACAGAGGAGAAAGAUAAAGAGAUUGCGGAGUUAAAGGAACGUUUGGCUGACAUGGAGGAAUCUCUAAGCAACAAGGAGAAACUGAUAAGUCAACUGACCAAUCAGAUUCAGGCUUCUAAAGAGACCAGCCAAUCAGAGGGCAGGAAAGAAAACCAGGUGGAAGAACUCCAGAAUGAAAAUGAGGAUUUAAAGCGGAGACUGAGAAGUUUAGAGAAGGAGGUCGAUACGACACCAAUGUCAGUUCUGACUCAGAACCUGAUUGAGGAGAAGAACCAGGAGAUUGAUCAUCUUAACAACCAAAUAGAACAGCUCCGGUUCCAGAUCUCGGCUCUCAAGUCCGGAGAGGCACUGGCAGAAAUGCAAUCUGAGGUGGACAAACUCCGCGCUGACCUGGAGAAGAAGGAGAUGGAGCUAGUACGAGCCUCCCAAGCCUCGACGUUCUCCGACAUCAGCGACAACGACGGGGUUCCUGGGGUAUCGGAGUCCUUCACUGAAAAGACAAAUCUGCAACAGGAAUUGGAAGAUUCCGUGGCCCAAAGGAUGGAAGAAUAUGAACAACUCAAGUCAGCUCUUCAGCUGAAGGAGGAAGAAAUAGUCACCCAUCAACAGACCAUUAAGGAGAAGGAAGAGGAGAUAGCCGGCCUUAAUAUGACACUGGAUGAGAAGAUGAUGGAACUAGAGAACAAGUCAAGGGAGCUCUCUGAGGAAAAAUCUAAGCAGCCAGUUACCUCCCCUGCUAGAGAGGAUGCCUACCUUAAUGAAAUCCUGCAGGAAAAAGAGACACUUAUAGAGCAAAUGAACUUACAAAUAGAGGGACUUAAUGGAGAAGUGGAGAGUCUGACUGAUUUCCAGAACAAGCUCCAGGAGGAUUUCGACACAGUACAACAAAUGCUGGAAGAAAAAGAGAAAGAGAUUGACACCCUGACGAGGGAGCUCAGUGAGAGGGUCCCAGAGGAUCAUAGUGAAGAACUGCUUAAACUUGAGAUGGAGAUUUCUAAGCUGAAGAAAGAUCUGAAAGAAAAAGACAACGUGAUAGAGGAGAAAGCAGAGGAGAUGUAUCUACUGAACGAAAAACUGGAACAACAGGAAGCACAAACAGGUCAGCAAAGUUUAUCUCAGAAACUAGCCGAAAAGGAAUCUGAAAUUUUAUCUCUUCAAAAUAAACUCACGGAAAGUGCCAAAUUGAGGGCAGCUUUAGAAGAGAGGACUCGAGAGGCAGAAGAAAUUCGGGCUGAGCUUAGUCAGGUCAAGGAGCGGCUAGCAGCUGGUGGAGAUACCCAGACUAGACUGGAGCAAACCAGUGCCGUGAACUCUGACCUUUUGUUAAAGGAAAAAGAGGCGGAGUUAGAAAAGGUCAAGGCAGAGUUUGCUAGCUUCAAAGAAAGUUUACAGUCUGCUGUACGAGACAUUGAGCUACAGGAAAAUUGUAACGAGAUACAGCGUCUCAAACAGGAACUCACGGCCAUUCGCGGGCUCAUAAAACAGGACGAGAAAGAUGAGCAGGUUAUACAAAGGAUGUUAGAGAUGCAGCACCUCAAAGAACAACUCUCUGGAAUAAGAGAUCUCGUGAGAGAAGGAGCAGUCUCGGAGGUCAAGCUGUCAAAGGAGGAGGUCGAGAUGUUGAGAAAAAGACUUAAAAGUUUUGAAUCUCAAGAGGAGUUGAGUUCUUUUGCAGAAGAUUUGAUGAGAUUAAGACAGAGAAUAUUUGAGAAAGAUUAUGAAGAGCAACUAAAAAAGAAAAAUGAGGAGAUAGAACACCGUGAUGUUGAGAUACAGAAAUUAAAAGAGGAGCUUGAAGACUUGGAUAACAAAGAGGAGGAGAUUCAGAGAUUAAGAAGAGAUUUAAAGAGUCUCGCAGAAAAAGAAAAUGAGAUACAGUGGUUGAGAGAUGAGUUAGACAGUGUUGAUGAGCACGAGAAUGAGAUGAAGAAGCUAAAACAACAAAUUGAAGAAAAGGACGAGGAAAUUCAGGGACUGAGACGAGAUUUAAAAAGUCUCGCUGAUAAAGAAAACCAGAUUCAGUGGUUGAAAGAAGAAUUGCAGAAUUGUGAUGACAAAGGGGAUGAGACGGAGAAGUUGAAAUCUGAGAUAAAGGAGAAAGACCUUGAGAUCCAAAACCUGAAUAAGGAACUCGUGACUUUGAAGGAAAAAGACAGAGAAAUUUCAAGAUUAGAGGAAGAUUUGAAAAUCUUGGAGGAUAAGGAAAAUGAAAUUCAGAAGCUACAGAGAAAUAUAAAAUAUCUUGCAGAUAAGGAACUUGAGAAGGACAGUGAGAUUGUGAAACUUCUCGAGGAGGUGAAUGAAAGGGAUAGACAGAUACAGGAACUGCGAGAUGAUCUUGAGAACUUAGCAGAAAAAGAAGACGAGAUCGAGACAUUGCGCGCUGAGAUACAGAGAAUGGUGGAAAACCAGGAAUCUUUGGAAGAGGAGAGAAUGUCCAACAUGGCGAGCCCGAGAUCCAAAACGAGAUCACCCGAGGAUUCCCUGAGUCAGGAAUUGGAGAAUCUGAAGGUCAAGGUCACUUCACAGGAAGAGGAACUGGACAAUCUGAAUGAGGAGCUGACGUACAAAAAGGAGGAGAUUCGUAACCUGAGUUCUGACAUAGAGGAGAAGAAAGGCAUGAUACAGGAACUAGAAAAUGAGAUAGAGGCUUACAAACACAAGCAAGACGAGCAGUUCCAGAAGUUACGAGCUUUUGAGGAGCAGUUAGAGGAGGUCAAGAAACAAGGGGCAGAGUCUGAGGGGGCGUGGUCACACCUACAGCUGACCCAGGAACAACUAGAACAGACCGCACAGGAACUGACCACAGCCAACAUCAAACUGACUGAGGCCGAACAGAAUCUCGGAGUGGUCAGCUCACAGCUACUGGACAAGGAGAAUGACCUACAGGCUUUACAAGCAGAGUACUGGGAAAAAACUGUGAAAAUUACUGACGAACUACAGCAGGCCAACACAAGGCUUAAACAACAGGAGGAAGAAAUCCAGAGACUGCAAAGCCUGAGGCCAAAGUCUGAGGCCAAACAGGAGCUGGAUGUGUUAUUGAGUGAAAAAGAUCAUGAACUUCAGGAUGUGAAACAGAGGCUCCGGGAAGCCGUGGAACUAAGUGAACAACAACUACGCAUUGUGGAGCAGAAAGAUGAGGAAUUUAUGAAAUUGAAGCUGGAGAUUCAACAAAUGAUUGCAGAGAAAGAUAGGACAAUUCGAGAUCUGAAAAAGCAGCUGACAGCUCAGAGCUCCAGUAGCGAGCUUGAGAUAUCCCAGCUUCAACAGGAAGUUGAGAGUAAGAGAGAGACUCUGGAUGGACUCGAGAAGGAGUUAAGACAGUUGAAGGGAAUCCAGGAUUUGUCACUAGAAGCUGGUGGUGAUGCUAUCUCGCUGGUUACGUUGCUUAAAAAUCAACUCAAGGAGAGAGAUGAUGCAAUUAAAGAAAUCCACGGAAAUCUACAAAAAUCUCAGCAGGAAUUGGAAUCUAAAUCAGAAGAGCUCGAGACAAAAUCUCGUGAGCUCAGAGACCUUCAUGCCAAACUCACCAAAGCAGCACCAACAUCUCAAGAGAGUUUAUCGGAGGAGGCAGCGAGACAAUUCCACCAACUGGAGCAGGAAUUACGUACAGCAAAGGAAGCCCUCGCAGAAAUGCAGCGUCAGGCAGGCGGAGUCAGUAGGGAAAGUAGUGCUGAGAGGCAGGUAUUCAGGGAGGGAAGUCCAGAGUCUGAGGCUGAUUUGGAAUUAAUGGACGUGGAUGAACUCCGUCGUCUUGUUCUAGACUUGCGACAUGACCUUGACCUCAGUAGGUCAGAGGUUGAGUUAUUCAGGAAGUCUGCUUCCAUGUCUGCCAAAGACUUUGUUCAGAAGGUGAUCGAACUUCGUGAAGAACUCAGUUCACAGCAUCAGAGACACAUACAGGAUCUCACCGACAGAAACAGACUCGAGUCCGACACCAAUCUCGCUCAACUCAGAAUCAAAUAUGAGGAUGAAAUCGAGCACAUUAAGAAACUUCAUCAGAAGGAGAUUGCUCAGAAGAUUGGAGAGACAACGAGAGAUCUCGAGAAACAGCACAAGACUGAGAUCAAUUCCAUGCUCGCUCGACACAAGCACGAGAUUGAAAUGCUGAGAAUCAGAGAACCUGUCUUAGAAUCCCAUGAUGCCUCAGUUUUGAAUCUGGCCAAUCAACUGGGUUCUGAAGUUGCCAUGACGGAGCAUUUGGACAGUCAGUUAAUUAGGUCACUGGCACAACGGCCUGAUGGACAAGAUACCACAGAGGCAAGUGACGUGGCCGAAAGUGAAAUCUCUGUGGACGAAAAUGUGCCUUCCAGACUACAGGUCCUAAUGAACAGACUCCACAAGGAAGGCGUACAGAUGUUGUCUAUGUCAGAGUUACAGUUCUUGAAUCGUCACAUGCCUCCCAGCCAGGUCAAUCAGGAGGUGGAUCUAAGAUCUUUACAGGCGGCGUGGGAGAACGAGAAACAAAGUCUGCUCUCGGCUGUACAGUCUCUCAAAGAUUUACUGGCCCAGACCCACAAAGUCAGGGGUAUUGACAAGGCUGCGGAUGUCUCUGAUUGGAGGGGUGAGCUGUUACGCUCCAUUGGUUACGUUUUUGCUAAAGAGCGGGAGACUUUACUGGCCGAGCUAAGGUCACAUGUCCUGUCGCAUCCAAACAUAGACCUGAGCGAGAUUCAGAAACUAGAGCAGAAGAUCAGGAACCAGGAGGCCCAUCAGAAGUCGUCUCUGGAGCAGAUAUUCAGCGCUGAUCGUCAGUCUCUCCUGGCAGAGAUUCGGGAUCUCCGAGCUCACGCUAACGUCAGUGUGAUGAGGCAUCAGGAGGAAAAGGAACGACUGACAGAACAGCUAAACAAUGUGGAGGAUCAAACAUCAAAACGGGAGCGGCAACUCAAAAGACAAGUUCAGUUAUUGGAGUAUAAACUGCAGCAAGAGAAGAUAAUCCAGGAUGACCUGAGGACCAGUUUAGAGGUUGAGCGCGACCGCUCCAGUGACCUCUCCACCCAGCUGAGUCGUGAGAAAAACAGUAACCUUGACCUUCAGACGGAUCUGUCCAAUCAACAGAUCCAGAUUUCUAAAUUAAAGGACGCCCUGGAACGAGAACAGAGCCGUUUUAUAUCAGUCACGGGGGCUCUUGAAGAAGAGAAGUCAAAGAGCCAACAUCUCAGUGAACUACUCGAGCGAGAACGAGCCUCACUGAGACAGAUGAGGUCAAAGGUCGAGGAGGUCAAACUGGAGUCAGACAGCAAAGAGAGACAGGAACAUCUACUUGAGAGACUUCAGAGUGAGUUAAAUGCAGAACGAGAUCGUAGACUGCAAGCAGAGAAUGGAGCAGAGCUGGAGAAAGUGGCCCUGGCCAAUCUACAACAGGAACUCGAUCUCGAGAGAAAGAAUCUCAGGUCCACUGAGUCUGAGUACAAGGCCCGGGUCAAGCAGCUCACAACAGCAGUGGAACUCGAGCGAGCCAAGUCUAAUGAUCUUCAAGGGGCCUUGGAAAGGGAACGAGCUGUCAAUGAUAAACUCAGAGAAAACCUGGACAGUGAGCGACGCUCACUUCUGGAAAGCACAGACAGGGAAAACUCAAUCUUCGAGGACAUGCAGCUGGAACUUGACUCAGAACGUGCCAAAGUGAAUGAUCUUAAAAACUCAGUGGAAAGAGAGAAACAGAGACUGCAAUCUCAGGUUACACUAUUGGAAUCUCAGUCGAGUGCACUCAAAGAGGAACUAGAGCAGGAGAGACUGGCAUGUCGGCAGAUGAAAAAUGAGAUUGACCAGAUACAACUUCAGAAGUUGGACAUUACACGUCAUUAUGAACACGAACGGGACCAAGUGUCUCGACUGAAGUCUGAACGUGAACAUCUAAGGUCAGAGGUCAAAUCACUGAAAGACAUGAUAAAUGAAAAGGAGAGAACUCGAGACUCAGAGAAAGUCAGCGAGCGACGCUCACAAAGACAACUGGAGAGGGAGAGAGAUGACCAGAAAAUGAAAAUGCAUGAGAACGAGUUAGAAAUUCAGAGACUGACUCAGCGAGUGUUAGACAUGGAGGACCAAAUCACAGUGAGUCGGGAGCGAGAGAUGGAGGCCGUGCGCGAACUGCAGCAGGAAAAGCUACGCACCUCUCAACACCACGCAGACUCCGAGGGCAGCGAAGAAGACCAGGAUCACUGGAACGUUUAUAAGACACAGCUAGAGAGUAUUUGUCAGAGUCUACAGUAUUUGAUAUUACAAUAUCAGGACCAGCUUUCCUCAGGAGUUCAAGGUGCAGUGAAUGUUCAUGGUUUAGAAAGAUCACUGAAGGAUUUGCUGGGUGAGCUCAAACAGACUCAGAUGCCACUCGCUUUGGAGUCUGACAACACAGACAAUCUCAUGAGUCGCCCGAGUGCUCAGGCUGUGAAUGAGCGAGUGCUACAUCACAAUUCUGAGUUAACGAACUUUGUGACAAGACUUACAGAAGAAAAAAUGGAGCUACGCAACACUCUUGGAAGACUUGAGGAGGAAAUUUGGAGAUACAGGCAGAGGGGUUCCGAACAUCAGAAUGGCCACGAUGAGAGCCACCAUGACCAGGAGAAUCGUCACCUGGAGGCGCGCGCUGCUUGGGCCAAAGAACGUCUGUCCCUUCAGCUGUCACUUAAUCAGAUGGAGAGGGAACUAGACAAAUGCCGGGCGGAUCUAAGAUACGAACGGGAGCGUACCUCAGUCAUGAGCGGACAAAGCAAAGAGGGAGAUAGAGACAGGAUCCAGCGACUCUAUGGGAAGUACCUGAGAGCUGACAGCUAUCGUAAGGCCCUGGUCUACCAGAAGAAGUAUCUCCUGCUAUUACUGGGAGGGUUCCAGGACUGUGAGCAGACAACGCUAGCCCUGAUCGCCAGGAUGGGAGCUUAUCCCUCACCAGAAGAUCUACAGAGAGGGACCAGGCACCGCAGACCCUUCACCAUGUUUAGAAGUGCUGCCAGGGUCGUAGUGGCCGUUUCAAGGAUGCGUUUCCUGGUGAGGAAGUGGAAAAGAGCUACCCGAGUCGGGUCCCCUGUGAUGGGGGGAACGGUGGACCUGCAGCAAGGUUACACACCAGAUACACACAGUUUUUCACCGCCCCGCAUCAACACUCAGUCAUGCCUGAACGCCUCAGGACAACUCAACAGUCACUCAUCAACCCCUGUCGUCAACACUCAGUCACGCCUGAAUGGUUUUGGACCACUAAACAGUCACCCAUCAACCCCCCUCAAUCCCAAUAUCCCCUUGUCUCCCUAUAGCCCCUCUUAUAUGUCUUCCAGUUAUUCUCAGCGAGACGUCAUUAAUGGAUCUACUCAUCAACCACUAGAGGGUGCUUCUGGUGGUUACCAGGUCAACUGGAGUGGGAUAGCCAAUGGGAUUUCACCUUAUCAGUCUGUGGGUAGGUCCUCUGAAGGUUACCAUGCCAAUGGAAACUUUUCUGUUCAUAUGACCCCUCCUACGAGGGAUUACAGCAGCAAACCUCAUCCCUCCUCAGAAAACUCAGGUGCUAGAAGAAAAAUUUUAUCAUCCACCAUGUCUACUCCAUCUAAGUCCUCCACCGCAUCACCGGUACGUCGAGUGAGAAUAUCUGAACCGGAAUCGGUACAUGAUGACUACAUCAACCGACUAGAGAGUCUACAACAGCGGCUCAGCAACAUGGAUUCAGGUACACCAAAGUCAAGGUCAUAUCCAAGGCGAUAGUUACCAUUUUACCAGAGUUUCUCUGACAUUUCUGUGAUUUAACCUUGAUGCCAAACUGCAGCAUUUCAAAAAUCCUGGAAGUGAAGUCAAACAGCAAACAUAAAUCGAUCAUACAUGCAAUCUGAUGUUAUACCUUGUUAUUGUGAAUGUCUUGAAGCCGUGAGAGUUCAGAUUUGUGUGUAGAAAAGUCUCCUAAUAUAAAACAGACAUACAUUGUAAUUGUUGAAUGUGUUGAAUUUAUUUAUAUGGGACCAUAUAAAAAAUUACUUCAUAUGUUUUGUAUGUAAAACCUGUGAAAAGCAUCUCUUUAGAAAACUUGUGUUUGAUAUAGUUCAUUUUAUGAUAGUUUUAUUUUUUAUUUAUUUUUUAAACUCUUUUCCAUUGUUCAGAAUGUUAAUUACCUCUC